CUCCGCUCAAAAUGCUGAAGUGCUGCUGGAAGGGGCUGGUGCAGUGGUAGUUGGGGUCUGUUCUCGGGCCUGAGCCUCGAGGCCAGGCUCCUGGGUGUCGUUAAUGUUCGGGGCCGCCGGGCGCCAGCCGAUCGGAGCUCCAGCCGCCGGGAACAGCUGGCAUUUCAGUCGAACCAUGGAAGAACUGGUUCAUGAUCUUGUCUCCGCGUUGGAAGAGAGCUCAGAGCAAGCUCGAGGUGGAUUUGCUGAAACAGGCGAUCAUUCUCGAAGUAUGUCUUGUCCUCUGAAACGCCAAGCAAGGAAAAGGAGAGGGAGAAAACGAAGGUCGUAUAAUGUUCAUCACCCAUGGGAGCCUGGCCACUGCUUAAGUGAAGGCUCUGAUUCUAGUUUAGAAGAACCAAGCAAGGACUAUAGAGAGAAUCACAAUAAUAAUAAAAAAGAUCAUAGUGACUCUGAUGACCAAAUGUUAGUGGCUAAACGCAGGCCAUCAUCAAACUUAAAUAAUAAUAUACGAGGAAAAAGACCUCUAUGGCACGAAUCAGAUUUUGCCAUGGACAACCUUGGGAACAGAACUCUGCGCAGAAGGAGAAAGGUCAAACGCAUGGCAGUGGACCUCCCACAGGACAUCUGUAACAAACGGACAAUGACCCAGCCCCUUGAAGGUUGUAGAGACCAGGACAUGGACAAUGACAGAGCUUACCAAUAUCAAGAGUUUACCAAGAACAAAGUCAAAAAAAGGAAAUUGAAAAUAAUUAGACAAGGGCCAAAAAUCCAAGAUGAAGGAGUAGUUUUAGAAAGUGAGGAAGUAAGCCAGACCAGUAAGGACAAAAUGGACUAUGAAGAGCAAAAAGUCUCAGAUGAACUCAUGAGUGAAAGUGAUUCCAGCAGUCUCAGCAGCACUGAUGCUGGCUUAUUUACGAAUGAUGAGGGAAGACAAGGUGAUGAUGAGCAGAGUGACUGGUUUUACGAGAAGGAAUCAGGGGGAGCCUGUGGCAUCACUGGAGUUGUGCCCUGGUGGGAAAAGGAAGAUCCUACCGAGCUAGACAAAAAUUUACCAGAUCCUGUCUUUGAAAGUAUCUUAACUGGUUCUUUCCCUCUUAUGUCGCAUCCAGGAAGAAGAGGUUUUCAAGCUAGACUCAGUCGCCUGCAUGGAAUGCCUUCUAAGACCAUUAAAAAAUCAGGAGGGACCACAACUCCAAUGGUGAGCUCCCCUGGCCCUGUCAGUAACAAGAGGAUGGUUCACUUUUCCCCAGAUUCUCAUCACCAUGACCAUUGGUUUAGCCCUGGUGCUAGGACAGAGCAUGGCCAGCAUCAGCUUCUGAGAGAUAACCGAGCUGAAAGAGGACACAAGAAAAACUGUUCUGUGAAAACAGCCAGCAGGCAAACAAGCAUGCAUUUAGGAUCCUUAUGCACAGGAGAUAUCAAACGAAGAAGAAAAGCAGCACCCUUGCCUGGACCUACUACUACAGGAUUUGUAGGGGAAAACGCUCAGCCAAUCCUAGAAAACAACAUUGGAAACCGAAUGCUCCAGAAUAUGGGCUGGACACCUGGGUCAGGCCUUGGACGAGGUGGCAAGGGGAUCGCUGAGCCAAUUCAAGCCCUGCAGAGGCCGAAAGGAUUAGGUCUCGGAUUCCCUCUUCCAAAAAGCACCCAGGCGACUGCCACUCCCAAUUCAGGAAAAUCCGCCUAAGAAGAAAAGCAAAGAAGAAACGGUUCAUCAUUUUUAUUCAUGAUAUAUAUCCCAUUGUUUUAAAAUUUCAACAUAGCUUCUGUUUUUGAAGCAAAAAUCUACAUUGCCUCCAACUUAUCACUCUAGCGUCAUAACUGCAUACAGUCCUGCCACAGUGAUAGAAAUGGGGUUCCAUUGCAAUUCCUGGUGCUAAAGUGAAAACCUUUACCUUUUAAAAUUUUGCAGCAAUUUUCAGCUAUUUCUAGGUAUAAAGAAGAGCUCAUUUCUCCUAUUUAUUUUGAUCUCAUAGGUCAAUCAUUUCUAGCUUGAUUCAUUCGUGUGUGUGUGUGUGUGUGUGUGUGCGCGUGUGCGCGUGUGCAAUGCCCAAGCAAAUGUGAGCACACCCACAGGUUUCUCAAAUGGGAUAGGCCAGAAAGGAUGGUGUUUCCAAUCAUCCCAAGAACUUGAGAGACUUAUCAUCACAUCAGUGAAGUCCUAAUCAAGUCUUUGUUUGAAAGGCUUGCCAAUUUCACAUUCCUCAAAUUUGGCCUUUUUGUGAGGAUUCUAUAAUGGGGUGGUACCAAUGAAUCUAUCCUUGGACAAUGUAGUAUAAAGUUCACAGUGGAAAAAUAGCAAUUAAUGUUUCCCUCUGACGUUUUGACCAAAAUAAACCUCAUCAUUGUUAUCACCAGAGUGCCCACAACAUGACUUCAAUGCAGAUUUUACAAAUUUUACCUCAUCUAGAACAUAAAAUAAUGAUUGAAAGAAAAAUGUAUUUUUUAAAUUUACCAUCACUGAACUGGAAAUUCUGUUGAUCUAGACUGACUUCUACCUCUCUCUUCCCAAAGGUUGAUAUUUUUUUUAAGAUCGGUGCAAAGGUGGUAAGCUAAUUUUCAAUUUUAACCAUUGGGGUAGCCUAUUAGGAUUACUGGAUCAAUUAAUUUGAAAAUUUAAAUGGCUCUCCCAAGAAUUCAGAAUUCUGGCAAUGAUCCAGCCCAUUUACAAGGUGAACAAGAGAAUGAAUGGUAAUGAUUUGCCCUUUCUAACAUCUAAGUAGUUACUUUAAAAUCAAGCAAAACAAGUCAUUUUUAUUAUGUGCCUCCUAUUGUUAUUUUUGAAUCAUCUGCUUCAUAAUGCCAGAGAUUCUAAAUUGCUGUUAGCUUGGAAGAUGUUGAUCUUCAUUAUUAAGGACUGAUAAUAUAUUUAUAAUGGCUUUUAUUGGUUGAGUAAAGGUCAAAAUAACACAUGAGAAUCACCUUUCUAAUGGAGUUUUUUAAGACUUAUUUUUUAAGAGCAUUUUUAGGUUCUCAGAAAAAUUAAGAAGGUAUAGAGAUUUCUCACAUACCCUCUGCCCCCACACAUGUAUUAUCAGCAUCCCCCACCAGAGUGGGACAUUGGUUACAAUUGACAAGACUACGUUGACACAUCCUAAUCAUCCAAAGUACACAGCUUACACUAUAAUUCACUCUGGUCUUGUACAUUCUAUAGGUUUGGAUAAAUGUAAGAUGACAUGGAUCUGCCAUUACAUUAUCACACAGAGCAGUUUCACUGUCCUGAAAAUCCUCGAUGCUCCAUUCUAGUAGGUUUUAGAAAAUUUUGCACAUCCCCAAGAGUUUUUUAAAGUGGGGAGAGGAGGUUUGUGCGGAGAGUAUAGACCUUUCCUAGGUGGUCCCCUAGCAGUCAGCUGGGGAGAAGGGUCAUCCUGCCAUUUGAGAGCCUCUAUGUUUGCGAAUUGUACAUGUUCCUUUUAAGAAUUACCUUCUUUCCUAGGGAUAUUGUGGUAAGAGGACAGGUUAGUUAAGGGAUUAUAGACUACCAAGUGAAUAGCUCUUUUGAGGCAUUCUUAUUAAAUAGAAUAACCCUGUUGAAUCUUUUAUGUUUGUCUCUUUGAAAUCAGCCAUUUAAAAAAUUUUUUUUAAAAAUUUUGUUGUUAAAUACUCAUUCUAACUAUGUAAUGGGUAAAACCUGGAGGAGAUCAUCCAUAUACCAGGUAAAAACUUCUUUAUGAUAGUGUAUAGUGCUCUAGGGUCUAUUCAAAGUAUUUUUUUUAAUUCAUUGCCUGAAAAUCUUCUAAAACCCUAGAAUUUUGAAAAGCAGAAUUUGGAGCCACUGAUAACACACAGUUACAUUAUUAUGAGACUAGUCCCAAACUCCUGAAGACUUGGCUGUUCUUUUUCAUUCUGCGAUGUUCUAACCCUCAUAGGAAGAGCAGAACAUAUACCCACUGGUAUGGGGAAACUCCUUCAUUAAAUAUCACAGUCUUUAUGAGCAUGGUGUAUCGUUUCCCCUUUGAAAAGGCGGUAGUCAUCGGAAGCAGCCCCUCUGUGAUGCUCACUUAGCUUGGGUGUUGUUCUCGAACACUCCCUCCAAGUUAGUUCAUUUUCAGCAAGCAGAAGAAAGGUCUUAUUCUUGAUGUCUAGAGUCCCUCUAUGCAGCUCUCGGAGGACUUAAGAUAUUUUCUAUGUUACAGAAGUAUUUAACUAUACCAAACACAUGAAUCAAUACUCAAAGUAGAGAAGUGACAACAUCUCCCGCCCCACCCAUCCCACACACACAAACAUACAUCAGAAGCACGUACAUCCCUUCCCCAUUCAGUCCUCAAGAAAAAUCAGUGCAGACCUGAUGUUCUGUUUGUACCCAAACGUAACUGGAGAAAUAAUUAAAAUAUUCCAUUUUUAAUGUAAAUCAAAUCUCUUUUUAAGAUAUUAAGCUCACUAAUAUGUGUUUCACAUAUAGUUAAUUUUUACCUGUUACUAUGCACACAGAACCCAAAGCAUCCAAAGGAAUUCAUGAUUUAGAAUGCACAUUCAGGUCUCCUUAGAAGGUGGUAAGAUUUUUCUCUGCUCAUAUGUGAAGCCACUUGUCUAUGCUACAGUAUCUAAAGCCCAAAGUCAAAUGAAUCAGUCAUGCCAAAAGCUUUAGAGAAUACAUAGGUCUCUUCCUUUAUAAAUAUCCAUCCCUAGCUGUACCCCGGAGAGGCUGAACAUGACUACCUUAGCAGUUCCACUUUUUUCUUCUUUGUAUACAUAUUAUACUUGAUACUGAUGAGACCGUGUGAUCGGGUCAUUUCCUUCCCGCCUUCCCUCCUUCCUUCUCUCCUUCCUUCCCCCAAAUAUAAUUUUCAAGGCUAGUUUCCCCUCAAAUUUGUUUGCUUUCAUUUUUCAGUUACAUGGUACCCCUUUAAAAAAACAUAACUAACUAAAAUUUACCAAUUAAUUAGUCUCAAUAUUUAAAUACAUAGAUUUAUAACUCAUUCUGUGGUUAUCAAACCGAAGUUAAGACAGUCGGGUUAAAGAUAUGCAUAAUGUAUACUUAGAGGUGUGUUUAGAGGGCACAUAUGUAUGCAAUAAACAGACAUGGUUGCAAAAUAUUGCAUUUUAUUAAUGUUUAUUUUAACAUCGUGAAUUGAUAUUCUUGUAAUUAAUUGAACUGACAGUUGCUUCUCUUCAACACAUUUUCAUUUUGCGCUAAUAUUUCAUGAAAGAGAAAACCAUUUCUUCCUGUAUUUUGUCUUUCUAAAAACAAAAAGUGAUCUAAAUUAGUAUUGUAAAAUGAAGUUGGUUAGCAAAGAGUAUUUUGGAUUUUUUUUUAGGUGUUUUUUUUUUCCUUUUGGUAGAAAGCUAUAUUAAUAGUACAACGAAGAAUGAGAAAAUAAAACAAUGUUUAAAAAUGUUAUUUAUAAGCAGUCAUUGUCUUUGUGUGUUAAAUGUUUACCUCUUGACCUUAAGGUAAUAAAAGAUAAGAGUUGAAAGUACUUUUAAAAAUAUUUAAUUACUACCCUUUGACAAUUAAGAUCUAACAAUUAAAUUCAUUGUUUAAUUUCUAAUCCCUGGGAAAUUUCCGUAUUUACAAAAAAUUUUAGAGAAAAAAAUUGGCAAACAUAUUUGAGUGAUGAAAAACAUAUUUAUAUUGGACUGAUGAAAAACAUAUUUAUUCCCAGCUGACUGUGACCUGUUCUAUUACAUUUUCGUCAUGUGUUUAUUAUCUCCGAAGUUGGGCAAAACUGACUGAUUCAAGGCCCUCCUACUCAAACGUUGUCUGAUUCUCAAAGAGCAAGUACACAUUCCUCUCUCUGGCCACUCGAAAUGUCACUGAGAAUCCUAUACAUUCCAGUCACUCCAUUUCCCCCUGGAACAUUGUACCUUCCACAAACGUGCUUGGAUAUUUUAAAUACUCUGUGAUACUAAAGUGUUGAGUUUUGUUUGCUUGUAAGAAGCAUCUCGCUAUGUUGAUAAAAUUUUAUCUUCUCUCCUGAAAGACUAGAGUUGUUAGAGUGAGUAGCUUUUUUUUUUUUUUUUUCCAGUAGGUAUUAAAUACUCAUUUAUUUAACAGGCUUGCAGUAAUAUAUACUCAACUGACAAGUGGACCAUGAAGGCUCCUUCUGCUGGGUUCCUACUAAGCAAAGACUCAUUACUUUACACACCUGACAUUUUAAGUAGAUCCAGAUUUGUCUCUAGUGAGCCAGUGCCAUUAACUGCCAGGAGUAUGAUCUACUAUUGCCACUUUUAGUUUUAUCUGUACAUUAGAGUUGUCUUCUGUCUUUGAAUUGUCAGUUUAAAUCAUUCCCAGAUUCACAGACCUCACUCCUGUUUCGUUAUCAGAACAUCCUGUGUUUACCCCUUAAUCUUUCAAGGAAGAAGUUGGGAAACAGUUGAAAGCGAUUUUUGUGCUUGUUAAGUUUCUUGGGUUUGUUUUGUUUUGUUUUGUUUUGUUUUGUUUUGU